GUUCGAAACAUCAAAACAACAUCAACAGGAAAAUCACAAGAAGAGGCAAGAAAAAACAGGGAAUAGAGCAACACAAAAUGUGUCAGUAUACCGCUGUCCACUACACGUGUGGACACUGGAAAAGAAAAGGCAAGUUCCAGGAAUGUAGCCGAUGGAGAGAGAUGAUCAAGAAAGCAACGUUCCGCCAGCUCCUCUUUGGUAAGGUCGGCUCGUGUCCGGAUUUGAGAGAAGACGCCAUCCCCAUGCGGAGUCAAUGCUACGAGUGCCGGGCAGGUAAGUAUCCUAACAGAAGCCGCUCAGAGGCUGCCGCUCUCAAGUCCAGCAUCCGAGUGGUGAAAGGGACAGCGCGCGGAACAACCGGCGGCUUCCUCGAAAAAGGCGAGACUCAGGCGGCCGCGGCCCAUGAGUCCCCUACGGCCUAUAGUGGCUCUCGCCUCGCACAACACGGCGAAGCCUCCCGCGCUGGCACGGCGGCCCGGGACAGCCGCAGAAACGGUGGCUUCCAAAAAAAUCCUCACCUGCCUCGCCUAGACAACAAAGAGAGACCCGUGGCCACAAAGACUCCACUGCGCCGCAUUAAGUCCAGGGCCGGAGACAUACUUUGGGUGCAGAGCUUCGACGGCGAUGAGCCUGUCGAGACUCGCGCUCAGCGUCCAGCAGCACCGCUCCUCCUCAACAAGCUCCUGCCACCGCUCCCGCUCGAGCCUCACCUGCGACUGCCAGAGCGCAGGCCGGCAGUCAGGGGUACCACGAAACAGGGAGGCAACUCCUACCUCAACCCCAACGCCGGGGCGGAAUCUUACCGCAGCCAGAGACUCGUAGGCAGGGAGGAGCAUGUCCGUGACGGCUGGCCGCACAUUGGGCUCGAAUCUCGGACGACGCAGCAGCAGCAGCAGCCGCAAAGGGUAAGACCAAAACUGAGACUCGACACUGACCUGCCCACAGCAGACGAAUGGGUCCAGCAACAAUAUCGUGUUAUUGCCCAGCACGGGCCGCAGAGUCAGCAGCAGCAACUACAGCAGCGUCCACAGCAACAAGAAAAACAACAGCAACAGCAAAAAAGCCAGCAGAGACACGUCUGGGAGGGGCCAAAGUACAAGCAAAAAAAGCCCUCGGUCACGUCCGUCCGGUCCGGCGCGUCGUCGACCAAGAGCUGGCUCUGGCGGCUGGUCAGCCCCAGCAGCCCCGAUGACGAGUGGGUGUCGCUGGACGCGUCCCGCACAGAGCAGGGCCGGUAGGAGGCAAGCUACGCAAGCGAAGACAAGGUAAGGCAAAACAAGGCAAGGCAAGGCAAGGCGGUAGGUACCCAGACAAAGGGGCUCCUUUCAUCUGCCUACGUAUAUAUCAGUUCCUUUGUUAUACAGCAAGGAAGGUAGAUACCAGGUAGGGGACGGUAGGUGCAUUUCUAGGCGUAACUACCACAAAGGCCUUGUUUCUUUGUCAAAGCAUUGCGAUUUCGGCGAGGUAUGAGUCAUGGGAGUUUGCGGUCCGGUCUGCUUUGCAUUGUCAGGUAAGUCGCUAAGCAGG